AUGAGAACAUUAAUUUUUCUUGGGUUCCUUGGAGUCACCUUUGCAGCUCCAUUUAUCCCACAGCCUCUUUUGUCUGCAAGCAACAGUAAUGAGCCACGGACUCAGACACCUGGACUUUCCCAGAUUUCAUGGUUAUCCUUAGGUCAUUUUGGAGGACUUGUCCCAAACCAGAUACCUUUCCCAGGUCAGAUUAAGUUGGCUCAGAGAACCCAGGCAAUCCAGCAGGAACCUUCCCAGCUGCAGACACUUCAGCAGAACCAGCAGGAUUUUUAUCAAAUGAUACCGUGCUUCUUUUCAUAUGGAUUGCCCCAAGUCUGGGGACAGAUGGUUCAAUACUAUCCAAUUUGUGUGUAUGGACCACAGGAUCUGCCACCUCAGUUCUUCCCUCUACAAGCAGAACAGCCACAACCACAGGAGCAGGUAUCACCUGGAGGACAACAGCAGAUGAAUUUUGAUCUGUUAAGAGGGGACAUUCCUGAAAGUCCUGGGAUGCCAAUAGAGAAUAUUCUGCCAUAUCCCCAAAGAGACAUAGUGAACCUUGGAUAUCCCAAUGCUGGAAUUUUCAUGCCUUCCCAUACUUCUAAACAUCAAACAGCCAAUAUUUUGGCUCCUGCUACAGAUACAGACAAUAUCAUUCCUGUGGAACUCAUGGAAGAAAAGUUGUUUGAGGGACUGAGAGAUUGUGACUUCCCAAGAGUUUACACUAGUGGUUUCCAAAAUUCCAUUGGGCUGUGGCAAAAUCCCAACUUUGGAAAUUUGCCUUCUGCUUUUGAGCUAGAGGCUCCACCAUUGUUCUACUAUGUAGCUAGCUUAUUGAGUCAGGACAAAGGUGCCUUGGAUGCUGAUCGAUGCUGUGGCUAA